AUGUUAGUGUUUAUUUGUCACACGUAUAGUGCGAGCUGUCUUUGGUCUAUCGUAAAAAAUGUUUUAAAACUUGAAAAACAGCGUCAGGAAUUGCAAAUUAAUGCUAAAAAAUAAUGUUAUGCAUCGUUCCCGGUUGCGAUUCCUCCGCGCAGGAAUAUCUGGUUGAGUUUCCGCGUAAUUCGCUGCUUGCGGACCGCUGGAAGAAAGUAAUCGAGUAUGGAACUGGACGGCCGGUGGUGUCGGCGAACAGCACCGAUAAAAACGAUGCUCAUCAACUUCAGAUGCAGCAGCAGCUGUGUCUGUCGCACUUUUCCACGGACGAGUAUUCAGGAAUGAUAGGCUACCGGGAGCCUUCGUUGUUCCGUGAUCGUCAAGGAAACAUCGUCGACGUAACCAGCUGCCGGUUGUGUCUUCAGUUUGAUCUACGUUCCCGGAUGUUUCCCAAGGUGGGAAAGAUGGAGCACGUAUCGCUGAGUAGCACCAUCCGGGCGGUGAUGAAGGUAUCGCUGGCGACGGAUGAUUUUCUGACGGAAAUUUGCGAGCGCUGCCUGGUAAAGGUGGAUGUGCUGAAGUCUUGGGCACGGGAGACUUUACAGCAGGAAAUGGAUUUCAAGGAACUGAUGGGCUUUGCACGGCAGGAGUGUCAAACAUUGGAUGGCGAUGUAAAAGUUGAAACUUUACUGAUGGAGCCGAAGGAAGAGAUACCAGAAGAAGUGUUUCGCGGCCCUGUAUCGAGAGAGGUAAGUCCUGCUAUGGAAAUUGCCGAAAAAGACAAACCAAGAAUCGAAGCAACGGAUCAUAAAGAUAUUAAGAAUAAUGCAAAGCUUGAUUCUUUUAUUGAGAUCCAAUCAUCUAGCGACGAGGAUGAUGUACCAUUGGCAAAACUUCAGAAAACUGGUAGAAAGAAAGUGGGUCGAAAGAGUCAAGAAUCAGUUCCUAAAUCGAAAAAGGUUCGUCAAAGAAAACAAGUUUUCCCGAAAGAAAUAACCCCGAAGAAAAAACGAGGCCCUAAGCCUGGGCCUCCGAAGCCCCCUAGACAGGAAUAUUUGCGAGAUAUCCUGGAGAGGAAGUGCUAUAUUUGCGAUAUAUUUAAGGAUAAUAUUGACGAGCUGAUAGCGCAUUUAACGGAAACGCAUGCCGGUAAGAUUGACUAUAGAUGUGAUGACUGUAACAAGACCUUCGGUAAAGUUACGAUUUACAAUCGCCAUUUGAGUUGCCACGACGUUACGGUUCGCCCCAGGAAAUGUGCUUUCUGUUCACUUUGCUUCAGCGCCAAGGAAAGUCUGAAAAUUCACGAAAACAAGGUUCAUGGGGCAAACCACACUCUACCGAAGCGAUACCAACGCAGAGCGAAAAUAUUUCAGUGCGAGCAGUGUGGAAAAAUCUUCCUCAACGAUGCUUUGCUUAGGCAACAUGAUCAGUACCAACACAAAAAACUUCCGGCAGCAACUUGUAAACUGUGCGGCAAGACAUUUGCCACCAAAUCUAAUCUGGAAAAGCACUACAUUGUGCAUUCCAAUGAACGGCCCUACAAAUGUGACAAAUGUCCUUCCGCCUACAAGACAUCAACAGCCCUCAGCAAGCAUUCGUUUUUGCACGAAAACCUCCUACCGUACGAGUGCAGCUACUGCGAGGAACGCUUCCUGACCCAAGCUCAAUACGCAAGACAUCGGGUACUGAACCACAACACCCAAAUGGCUAAGUUCAACCAGCAGAAAGCCAUUGCUCGGAGCAUGCCGUGUGCGAUCUGCUCGGACGUUUUCUCACGUUCCAGCGACCUCCAGAAGCAUAUCAACGAUAACCAUGCGGACGUUACCUACCCCUAUCUGACCUGCCCGGAGUGUCCCGAGCGAUUCCUCCAAGAGCAGCAGCUUACCACCCAUCGAAACGUUCACACCGAUCUCUUCGUAUGUAGCGUCUGCAGCAAACAUCUCGCCUCAGCCGCACAGCUACGGGAUCAUAUGGAAUCGCACAACCCGUCGCAACCGUGGCAGUGCACCAUCUGCCUGAAACGGUUCAGCUUGCAGUCGAACUUUUCGCGCCAUCGGCUGAUCCACCAGGACGAGAAACGCUUCAAGUGUGAGUUCUGCGACAAAGGUUUCGCCCAAAAGGGUCAGCUGAUGAACCAUAGACGGACGCACACCGGGGAGCGGCCGUUCACGUGUCCCGUGUGCGGUAGAAGCUUCGGCGAUCAACCCACUUAUUACAAACACAGGAAACGUUGCAUGGAAAAGGAUGGGCCUCCUGGGGAGCAGCAGAUGGACGAGGAAAAUGAGGCAUGUGAGUAUUAGGCUAGGAAUUUUUGGUAACAAAGAAAAUAGAUGUUUGAGAGCA